AUGAAAGGGAUCAGGGCACCUCUUUUGUUCAUUAUAUGUCUGAUCUUCUUGUAUGCAUGUAUUUCGGGGGUAACCUCUUCCGCUGAAUCGAGCCCCACCGUUUUGGAGAUGCUGGAACGUCUUGCCAAUGAAGAGGGUGGGGGGCAAUACACCACUUUUAGCAACAUAUUGCUUCAAAUCCCAAAACUAAGAAACCUACUGUCUGGAGUUGAGCAUUUUGAGAAUGCAAACUCGUUUGGGGAAGACUUGGAGAAGGAUGAGAGCAAAAAAUUUCAAAUGAUUCUAUUUAUGCCGACAAAUGUUGCCGUUGCAAAUAGGGGGCAAUUAGAGAGUUCCAUAUUCAAGAAUGCCAUUUUAUACCACAUUGUAAGCUCAAAGGUUUCCAGGAAAAUGUUGGAUAGUGCUGCAGAAACAGGCAGCCCAAUUAUUCUGGAAACUGCCCUUUCAGCGGCAAACAGCGGUUCUGGGACCUCAUUUUCGGUACGCCUUCCAUUGGGAGUGCCGCAAAGAUUGAUCCUUAACAGUCCGCGCUCGAUUCCAUCGGAAUUAUCCGAGAUUAUUAGAUUGAAACCAGAACACUGGAGCGUUCAAUAUGGAUUGCUGCCGGAAGCCACUAUUCUCUCGUCGACAGGAUGGGAAUGCAGCAAUGGACUAAUUCUACCGAUCGAUGUAUUCCUGUUGCCUCCAAUCGACUUUGUCGUCACGAUGGCCUCAUUACACGUCAAUGCUUUUGUACAGUUGCUUUCGUCUGCCGGAAUUGGAUCUGAUUUACCCCCAGGCGCCUUGAUCGGAAAACCCGGCGUUACACUUUUCCUUCCAACUCAAGAAGCACUGAUGGAAAAAAUUGGCUUGCUCCAAGAACUUGACCGCAAAGAGCUUCAUGACCUCUUAAAGCGGCAUAUUAUUAUCGGUGACGAUUCGCUCCCUGUAUAUCUGGAUGGAAAAAUUUAUGAUGUGAGAUCUUCUUCAGGAGAAAGGCUUUUCAUAGAGCCAUCCAUGUUUCCCAGCUCUGAGGCUGGAAUUGUAAAUGGUCAGAGAAUUCUAUAUGGCAAUGUCCUUCUUUCAAAUGGAGUUGCGCAUAUCAUUGACGGAGUGAUUCCUGAAACAACCCCAUUCCUCGAAAAAUAUCCACAAGAAAAAAACGGAAAGGGCCAAGAUCCCGACAAAGGGGUCACGAGUCAGACUUCUGACUUUACAGAUUCACAGGGAAAUGCUUUGCCGGCAGUUUGGACAGGAUCCUCUGCUUUUUUGUUUGCUGCCGCCUUGUUGGCUGUGAUGUUCAUUAUGUAA